AUGAUUUGCGUGAAGCCCAUUGUUUCUUCAUCAAUACCGCAAAUGGCUCGAGGAUACGUCGUGUCCGUAAAGCCUCCUCGCGUCUACGAGGCCAAACCGACACCGCGUCGCUACGGUGUGCAGAAAACAUUCUUAUACAACCAAUACACCCGCAUGCUCGAAGCUAGCGAUAAUUCCCCCAUAAUAUUCCUCCAACACACAAAUUUCGCAGCUCAGCGGCUACAAAAGCUGAGACGGGAUAUAGCCGAUGCAAACACCAAGUUUUCAGUUUCAUUAUCCUCUCCGAUACCUUCUCCAGUUGAAAUCGGUGCUCCUACGCUAGCCGUGAUGCGGACCUCACUUUUUGGCGUUGCAUUACGAGACUUUGCGCCUUUUGACGCGGAACAGGCAGAUCAAAUUGCAGGACUGCUUAAAGGCGGUCUUGCUGUCCUAACGCUACCAUCAUUUAACCCUCCCCAACUUGACGCCAUCCUCCGUGCUCUUGAUCGUUCAGUACCUUCCAAGAAACCAGGGUUGGCACAGCCAACACCUAUCAAACCUCAAGAUGACCCAAAUUUUAUUCCUGGCAGAAAGAUGCAGCGGGUGAAACCCAUCUUGACCCCGGAACUGGUGGUGAUGGGUGCUCUUAUCGAGAGGCGGGUAUUUGGAAUGGAUAGUGUGCGGGAUGUAUCGAAACUGCCAACCCUAGACACACUGCGGGCGCAGAUAGUUGGGUUGCUGAGCUCACCAGCUGUACAGUUAGCUGCAAUUCUCAGUGAGGCAAGCGGAGGGAAACUUGCGAGAACACUGGAAGGCUUGAAGAAGGGUCUGGAAGAGAGUCAAAGUGCGGAAGCUUCAUCAUAG